UUCCUAUACUACGUGUGCAUAAAACUAACGUACUGGCUUCCGACUCAAUAGCAAAACCCAUCAAGCCCGAGCCCUCUCUUGGAUCCCAACUAUGAAAUCCAUCUCACUCGCCACUUUGAUCAUGUCUGCCACAGUGAUAGCUGGGGUAGCAGCCGAUGCAUCUAAAAUCACCCCCGUCGGCAUAUUCUGCGGCAAACCUGGCAAAGUGGAGUGCGGAAGUCUCUCCGGUUUUAACAACGACAACGAUUAUUUGUUUUAUUGUGGAUCAGACUCCGUAAUUGCGAGUUUUAUUACAUGCGACUGUGUUUUUUGCUGCAAAGUAACUGGUGAUCUAUCUGGCAGUUGUUGAUGAGAGUGAAUAUGGUUAUUACUCACUGUGUCCAGUGCCUGGGAACGUUAAUGUAGCAUCAUACGCGUGGAGAAGUGCGGUAGCCUGGUGUCAAUAAUAUGCCAUGAAUUUCUAAGGCUAAGUCUGCUGCCUACGACAAUGCAAAACAAAUGAGCGAGUCCACCAUCAUGAAAUGCCUUGGAUCGCGAGAUCCUACCGAUACUGUCGUAAGGGAAAC